ACCCGUCCAUGCCUGAAGCAGAGAGGAACAAGCUGGCCAUCGGAGCCUCAGGUCUGAUCCUGGGUCUGGUUUUGUCUCUGGCUGGAUUCAUCUACUACAAGAGCAAAGCUCGAGGUCGUAUUCUGGUCCCCACGAACUGAGACAGAUCCAGGUUCUGGUCCUGGUCCUGUUUCCUGAAGACCAGUGGUUCCUGUCUGGACCAGCCUGCUCUGAAUCUGAACCAGAACUCUGACUCAGCAGGUCUGAACCUGAUCCAGAUCCCUCACAGACCGAUCCACAUGAUGCUGGGUUUGAGUCCUGAGGGCUUCUGGAUCAGGUUCAGAUCUGGACUCUGUAUGAAUGACAUCACUUCCUGUGUGAAAUCAGUCACUUCCUGUUUGUUUCUGACGUUUGAUCUCAUGUAAUCAGUUUAAUUAAUGAUCUGAGACUCUGAUUGGUUCAUAGAUUAUUGGUUGUUUUUAACCUGAAUAAACUCAGAAAACUG